AUGGGCCCCUGUACCGCCUCCUCAUGCUGCUGCCAGGCCCGUAAUCUGCCAUGGGCCCCCGUACCGCCUCCUCAUGCUGCUGCCAGGCCCGUAAUCUGCCAUGGGCCCCUGUACCGCCUCCUCAUGCUGCUGCCAGGUCCAGAGUGUCUCAUGGGUCCCUGUACAGCCUCCCAUUGCUGCUGUCUCCAUCGCCACACUCUGCCAUGUGCCACUUUCAGGUCUCCUCACACUGCUGGUGGGUUCCAUUUUUGUCAUAGGGUGCUGUAUGGCCUCCCAUUGCUGCUGCCUCCACCGCCACACUGUGGCUCCACACUCUGGUUUUGGCCCCGUGACUGCCCAAAUGAGUGAAGUGUGCGGUGAUUCUAAGAUCGACGGCACUCAUCUGCAUGUCAUACUGACUGACAGUAUUAUUUCUCUUCCCCAGCAGACUCCAAGGGCAUUUAAAUUAAAGGUACAGUGUUCUGCACUAAUAUAA